UCUUUUGCAUACUCUGAAUCAUGGGUUAUCUCUUUGUUGGACUUGCUAUACAAUCUGAUAACGACGCAUCUACCACGAUUGUUCACGAUGCGACGGCGCUUCUGUCCCGGAAAGGCGUUGCGCGCUUGUCUUCGUAUCUUCUUUGAAUUCUUCUUUUAACCGUACGUAUAUAACACGCAAACGUGCGGAAUAUUGGCGCGUUGCUUUCCGCUCUUUGUCGUCUACUCGUCAGUCCCUCGAUGGCCUCCUUUGCUGCCAAUGCUCCUCGUCUAGAGCGCAUCAUCCAACAAUCGGAUGUGCAGGAAGUCCUUCAGCACGAUGGUCUUUGGUACAAAAAGAAGAAUCUCCGCGCCCUUUAUUCCGUUCUCCUUCCCGCAGCUCUGGGAGUGGAGAUGGCUGCGGGCUAUGACGGCAGCAUGACUAACGGAUUACAGUCUGUUGCUGUAUGGCUCGGGUAUUUCGGCCAUCCAUCUGGCGCCGUUUUGGGACUCAUCACAGCCGCUUUCGCAAUCGGCUCGGUUAUCGCCCUGCCGACUGUACCAUACGCGAAUGAUCAUUAUGGAAGAAAACCGUCUAUCAUUAUCGGAUGUCUGAUCAUGCUGAUCGGGGUUGCUUUGCAGGCCGGGUCUGUUCAUAUUGCCAUGUUCUUCGUUGCCCGUCUCUUGCUUGGUAUCGGCAUUGUGUUCGGCGUUGGAGGAGCUUCUCAGCUCCUUGCCGAAUUGGUUCAUCCAAAUGACCGUGCCGUCUGUAUCGGACUAUUCAGCGAGAGCUGGUAUGCCGGUGCUAUCGUUGCUGCUGGAGUGACGUUGGGCAGUUUUAACAUGUCUUCGACGUGGAGCUGGCGGAUUCCCUCUCUCUUGCAACUUAUCCCCACUUUUAUCACGCUGACUUUCAUCUGGUGGGUCCCCGAAAGCCCACGCUGGCUCGUUGCACAUGGCCACGAGGAAGAAGCGCUCAGGAUUCUUACCCUCUAUCACGGCGAAGGUAAUCCUGACAACGCUCUUGUCAGGGCGCAGAUGUUCGAGAUCAAGAACAUGAUCAAGGGUGAUAACGGCUCAAGCAUGGGGUCGUGGGCAGACUUACUCCGGACUCGUGGAAACCAGCAUCGCUCCCUGAUCGCUCUCUGUGCUGGUUUAUUCCUUGAAUGGUCUGGCAAUGGGUUGUUCGCAUACUAUCUUGCCAAGGUUUUGAGCACUGCUGGGGUCACCUCUCCCUACACACAGAACGUCAUCAACGUCGGUCUUCAAUGCUGGAAUCUCUUGACUGGCGUGACCGGCGCCUUUUGUACGCAGUUCUUUGGCAGACGGCAACAGUACCUCAUUGCAUAUGCGGGGAUGACUCUUGUGUUCACAUCCUACACAAUGUCAGCUGCGUUGUACGUGGAGACCGGGAGUGUUCAUGCUGCCAUAUCUGCGGUAGCGAUGGUCUUCGUCUACGCCCCAAUCUACAACCUGAUGAUGCCGUUGACAUACAUAUACGUCACCGAAAUCUUUCCAUAUUCGCUGCGUGCGAAGGGUGUUGCGAUCACUCAAACAGCUACCCGAGGCAGUACAGCUUUCAAUCAAUUUGUCAAUCCUAUCGGUAUGCAGAAUCUGGGUUGGAAGUUCUUCCUUGUAUACUGCGUAUGGACUGCCAUCGAGACCAUCAUCAUCUUUUACAUUUAUCCCGAGACGAAGGGUCCGACCCUAGAGGAGGUUGCCCUCGUGUUUGACGGACUACAUAUCAAGCCCAGUGAUCCCGAAAUUGUGGGAGGUGAUCUGGAGAUGAAGUCAGAGGAGUCGUCGUGAGUCGUCCCUGUCCUUGUGUCCUCGUUGUAGUCUAUGAGUCUCUUUCCACAUUCCUUCUUCUAGUAUUUGGUAUUGAUUCUGAGGUACAAGACCAGCGAGUU